AUGUCAAGUCGUUUCAUAAUUCAUCGAGGCGAAACAAACAAUUUGAAAAGAUCAAUUGAAGUUGUGGUCCCUCCCGACCGUAGAACUGGUAGAGGAUUGAAAACUAUAACUCAAAGUACAGUAGAUACUAGCUUUCCUUGGAGAGAGAAGAAUAAUUAUCUUUCCUUUUGCGAGAAGCUAACUUCAUUUCGUCCCGUAAAGUUAUUCGCACAAGACAAUAAUUUAGUUAUUCAUGAAGCGCCACAAAAAACUUUGCAAGCCUGGAAGAUUCCAAAGCCACGUGACCUUGAAGCAAUACACUUCGAUAUUGAUCGUUUCGAUAUUGGUGUAGUUGUGUCAUUUGGAUACUUUUUAUCACCAGCUAUUCUUGAAUCCUUUAAGAAAGGAUCGAUGAACGUUCAUCCUUCAUUAUUACCAAAAUAUCGUGGAGCAGCUCCAAUUCAAUAUGCUAUUUUAAAUGGUGAUCAAGAAACUGGAAUUACAAUUCAAGAGCUUCAUCCUGAAAUUUUCGAUGCUGGAAAAAUUUUAAGGCAGAUUAGUGUGGCCAUUCCUUCUGAAUCCACUUACCAGUCACUUGAGUCAAUUCUUGCUGCGGAAGGUGCUGAGUUAUUAGUCGAUACUCUUCGAUAUCUUGAUUAUUUUCAAGCUAAUGCACAAGAACAAGAUACAACAAAAGCCACAAAAGCGCCAAAAAUUUCAAAAGAUAUGGCUGAAAUUAAGUGGAAUCAAAUAACUGCGGAUCGAUUAGAUAAACUAUAUCAUUCGAUAUACGUUAUCUGUAAUGAUGAUAAGUUAAUUGAAUGUCGAAGCGUUAAAAUGGAAGGAAAGAAUAAAAUUUCAGUAAAAGAUUGGAUUAAUGGGUAUGGAGUUGAAAAUGGAAAGAUGAAAUUUGAAUCUUUAUGA